AUGUCUAACACCCAAGCAUCUGAGUGCACAGUGAAGCUUGCAAGCACCCGCCCGAGGCAGGACUGGGCUUCAGCUGGCGCGGUCUCAGCUGGCGACGGCCCUGUUCCUGGUGCCCCAGAGCCCAGCACUCUGAUGUCCUGCCAGGUGGCUCUUGAACGCCUACCAAGGGAUGGACAGAGCCUGCAGCGUCUCCCCCUCUGCUGGCCAGGGAGCCCCUCCAUCACGUUCAUCCUUCACCCUUCCCCAGCAACAUCCUUCACCCUUCCCCAGCAAGACCAGCCCAGCCCAGCAAGGGCGUCCUCAGAAAGGGCCCCAGGCACUGACCAGGGGUGGGCAGGCGCUAGACGCCCCCCGAGCCCUGCCCCACAGACCCCGUUCCCACAGGACCAGCGUCGCUUGAAUCCUGCCCACCGCCUGGGCGGGUGA